AUGAGCAACAUUGUUGCAGAGCCCAAGAAGUAAUACCUUGUAUUUAUGUCAGAAACAAAGCCAACACGAGUGAGUUUUGUCUAACAAUUCCUUGCUCUACCAAAUCAUCGUACUUUCUUACUGUGCCUGGGUGAUUGCAUAGUAAGUUUAUACUUCUCAGCAAAAUAAAGAUCCAAUGGGAUCCCCAGCAGAACAGUUUAGAGAAAUGGGAUCUUUUAUCUAAGAAGCCAAAGCCACAUUUCCCCCAAAGCCAGUCAGUCAUUACUGAUUACCAUUGUCUUUAUGAGAACAUUUACUAUCACGGACAGGGCUCUGCUCUCCACUCAACAGGGCUGGCAGCUGAAUAAGACAGAUGCAGAUACUUACAGCCAACCAAAGGACUGAGGUCGGGGACCCCAUGCAGUGAUUCUUAUAGAAUGAAACUUCCUAAUGCCUAAACUGGCGUUCCUCAGAUCAAAACUAAUUGCAGAGUUUCCGGUUGACCAGCAUUCAAAGGAAUGAAGACAAAGUUAGAAAUGGUGUGUCUGAGAAACUUCAAAAGGUGUAGACCUCCCGAUUGAAGCAUAGCUGAUUUGAUUCAUUUUUCUUCAUAAUAUUUCUCUUCUCUACAAGGGAGUCAUGAUUACACUAACAGAGUUAAAAUGCUUAGCGGACGCCCAGUCAUCCUACCACAUACUGAAGCCGUGGUGGGACGUCUUCUGGUAUUACAUCACCCUCAUCAUGCUGUUGGUGGCUGUGCUGGCCGGAGCCCUGCAGCUCACCCAGAGCAGGGUUCUGUGCUGUCUUCCCUGUAAGGUGGAAUUUGACAAUCAGUGUGCUGUGCCUUGGGACAUCCUGAAAGCCAGCGAGAAUGCAUCUUCUAACUUGGGCCUGCCGCUCCCGCUGCCGCUCAGGAUCCAGAAUGACCUCCAUCGGCAGCAGUACUCCUACAUCGAUGCUGUCUGCUACGAGAAGCAGCUCCAUUGGUUCGCCAAGUUUUUCCCCUACCUGGUGCUUCUGCACACGCUCAUCUUUGCAGCCUGCAGCAACUUCUGGCUUCACUACCCCAGCACCAGCUCCAGGCUGGAGCACUUUGUGUCCAUCCUCCACAAGUGCUUCGAUUCUCCAUGGACCACACGUGCCCUGUCAGAGACAGUGGCCGAACAGUCAGUGAGGCCCCUGAAGCUCUCCAAGUCCAAAACCUUGCUCUCAACCUCAGGGGGCUCUGCCGACAUUGACGCCAGCAAGCAGUCAUUGCCCUAUCCACAGCCAGGCUUAGAGUCACCUGGCAUAGAAAGCCCAACUUCUAGUGUCCUGGACAAGAAGGAGGGCGAACAAGCCAAAGCCAUCUUUGAAAAAGUGAAGAGGUUCCGCCUGCAUGUGGAGCAGAGGGACAUCAUCUACCGGGUGUACCUGAAGCAGAUAAUCGUCAAAGUCAUCCUGUUUGUCCUUAUUAUAACUUACGUCCCGUACUUUCUCAGUUACAUAACUCUUGAAAUUGACUGUUCGAUCGAUGUGCAGGCAUUUACAGGCUAUAAGCGCUACCAGUGUGUCUACUCAUUGGCAGAAAUCUUCAAGGUCCUGGCUUCGUUUUACGUCAUUCUGGUGAUGCUUUACGGUCUCACAUCGUCCUACAGCCUGUGGUGGAUGCUGAGGAGUUCCUUGAAGCAGUACUCCUUUGAGGCUCUCAGGGAGAAAAGCAACUACAGCGAUAUCCCCGAUGUCAAGAACGACUUUGCCUUCAUCCUCCACCUGGCUGACCAGUACGACCCCCUGUACUCCAAGCGCUUCUCCAUCUUCCUGUCGGAGGUCAGUGAGAACAAACUGAAACAGAUCAACCUCAACAAUGAGUGGACCGUGGAGAGACUCAAGAGCAAGCUUGUGAAAAACUCCCAGGACAAGAUCGAGCUGCAUCUCUUCAUGCUCAACGGCCUUCCAGAUAAUGUCUUUGAGUUAACAGAGAUGGAAGUGCUGAGCCUGGAGCUCAUCCCUGAGGUCAAGCUGCCAGCUGCUGUCUCUCAGCUUGUCAACCUCAGGGAGCUCCACGUGUACCAUUCGUCCCUGGUGGUCGACCAUCCUGCCCUGGCCUUUCUAGAGGAGAACUUACGAAUCCUCCGCCUGAAAUUUACCGAAAUGGGGAAGAUUCCACGCUGGGUGUUCCACCUGAAGAAUCUCAAGGAACUGUACCUGUCGGGCUGCGUUCUCCCAGAGCAGCUGAGCACCAUGCACCCGGAGGGCUUCCAGGACCUGAAGAACCUGAGGACCCUCUACCUGAAGAGCAGCCUGUCCCGGAUCCCUCAGGUGGUGACAGACCUGCUGCCCUGCCUGCAGAAGCUGUCCCUUGAUAACGAGGGAAGCAAACUGGUCGUGCUGAACAACCUGAAGAAGAUGGUCAAUCUGAGAAGCCUGGAGCUCCUCAGCUGUGACCUGGAGCGCAUUCCCCAUUCCAUUUUUAGCCUGAACAACCUGCAUGAGUUGGACCUGAAGGAAAACAACCUCAAGACAGUAGAGGAGAUCAUCAGCUUCCAGCACCUGCCAAGCCUCUCCUGCCUGAAGCUCUGGCACAAUAACAUCGCAUACAUCCCCGCACAGAUCGGAGCUCUGUCUAACCUGGAACAGCUCUUCCUGGGUCACAACAACAUCGAGAGUCUGCCCUUGCAGCUUUUUCUAUGCACCAAACUCCACUACUUGGAUCUAAGCUAUAACCAUCUGACCUUCAUUCCGGAGGAAAUCCAGUACCUGACCAAUCUGCAGUACUUUGCUGUGACCAACAAUAAUAUCGAGAUACUACCAGACGGGCUGUUCCAGUGCAAGAAGCUUCAGUGUCUACUCCUGGGAAGAAAUAGCCUAACAGAUUUGUCCCCUCUGGUGGGAGAGCUGUCAAACCUCACCCACCUGGAACUCGCUGGUAACUACCUAGAGACACUGCCUGUGGAGCUGGAAGGGUGUCAGUCCCUGAAAAGGAGCUGUCUGAUUGUUGAGGACAGUUUGCUUAAUUCUCUUCCACUUCCUGUGACAGAACGUUUGCAAACUUGCUUAGAUAAAUGUUAGCCUAAAGAUCAGACUCAAGGCAAAAGCAGUUCUAAAAAGGCCCCAGGAAAGGAGAAUAAACUUUUCUAAGUUAUAAAGAUGAAAGAUGGCCAAUGAUUACAAUACACCAUAACCAAAAAUCUUACCAAAUAACCGAGUGUCUGUACCAAGUAGUAAAAAGAUAUCAACACCGGAGUUUUGUGAAUAACGAAUGUUUAAAUUAUUGAGAUGUAAAAAGUAUACAUUGAAGGUGGGUUGAGAGGCAUGCUGGUCUAGAAACCUUACCUUUCACGUUUUAUCUGCAGGACUGUCUCUCUCUCUCUCUCAACCACUUACUUACUUGCAUACAUGUUUUCACAUUUGCAUACAUGUUUUCACGGGACCUUGUAAUCUGAUAUUUAACUCCAUGGAGACUUGUUAGUAUAAAUCUCCUUGAUGUAUGCUCACCACUGGCUUUGAUUUAUAUUUUUUCAUUUUUUAAGCAGCAUGUAUCACACUGGGCAGAAUUCCAUCUUGGCUGACUUCUCUGCUCCUUUCUCAUUUUGCUGGAAUCUUCAUCUGGGUUUCUCUGAUAGUCCUGGGGUAGUGCUUAUAUUUGGCAUUUGCCUAGAACAGGAGCCAGUGUUUCUAGGACAUGUGCUCUGCUGAGCAUCCUAAAAAUUAAUGCAUUCUCAAAAUGUCUUCUUAUCUAUCAUCAAAGCCUUUUUAAAUAUGUUAAAAUUUUUUAUAUGAAAUAUAAAAUAUUUUCUACUGUAUGAUCUCAGAUGCUACAUCUACGAGAACACUUUUUUGUAAGCAAUGAACAUGUGCAUCUCUGUAAGAGUUUAAUGAUUCUUGGUUUUGGGCUGAUUAUGAUUCUCAUGUUUGUAUGCAUUCUGCUCCAAAAAUUUUUGUACUCUCACACCUAAUUACUGCAACCAAUUUGGACGAUAAAAGCCUUGUGUUUGCUCCCUAAUGUCUUUGAGGGUUUCCUCGUGAGAGGACAGUAGGGCCGCUGAAUCACCUACCUCUCCUUGUUGUCGAAGAGUACAGGUACAACCCCUCAAUUACUUAAAAACUGCGACCGAGGGGAGAGGGCGAGAUGUAGAUUGGAAAAUUGAUUGGAAAAUACUUUGUAAGAUGUAGGGUUUCCCCCCAUCUGCAUGAUCUCUUGAUAUGAUUAUGAUAGAAGCUGUCUAUUCAGAAUCUAACUGAGCCCAUUAAACUGACAUCCAUCUCAUAGGAUGCCUUGUGACCCCUGGGAUACAUCAAGCUCCUCUUGACAAAGAACUUUGUGUUUGGCCCUUUGUUAUCAUGCAUAUUGUUGAAUAAAUAAAACGGACUGGCUCACACUGGGGAAGUGGACAUUGUAGUAUGUUUUUCUCUCCUAGGUCUAGGCAUUAUGAACCCACCUCUUUUUGGACAUAGCUGUAAUCGAUUAACUGCAUCAACAAAAAAACUGGAAACACUUCCAAAGAGUCUCCUAACACAGAGCUGUGGCAUGUCGUCUUCUAAAUAUUCUAGAAAGAUAAAGAUGUCUCUGCUCUUAGUUGCCAUAUAUGCCUGAUGUUGAAAAGAGAAUUUCAUGGAGGAAACCUGAGUAGAGUUAGUUUCAAAGAAUAUACUGAAGGCCCUAAACUGCUUAACACUAUGGAUAGACUAAAAGAGACAUCUUAGCAAAGCUUGCCUUUGUUAGAAUGUCCAAGUUCUCAGGGACCUAGGCAUAACUGGCUCUCACUGGGGCCCCAUGGGCAGGCCCUGGCUUAGCCAGGCUUUUCUUAUUUUUACUGUUUUAAUAAUGUGAGUUGAUGGUUGAUAUUUCCCAGUAAAAUCAUCAUGUUGACCAAUUCCAAAGUUGAAUUGUCUAAAGUUUUCAACAUAAAUGUGAGCGAGGUUUCAGUACUAUCAACCAUGCUUCAUAUGUACUAAAAAAAUUCCAGCCUAACCAAUUCAGACUUUCUAAGCCUACCCUUGAUGAAGGAGAAAUUCCCCGUGCCUUUGUUUUCCAGUGUAUGCAUCAUUGGCUAACUGGUCUACCUCCUCAAAGCAGUUCCCUGGAUGGAUUAAUCAUGAGGUGUGAGCCACUUUCAACACACAAGGCUGUUGUUACUGGUGGAAGCCAUAUUGCACUUGAUACAACAGUUUUAAAGUGUCUUUUGUAUUUAACACUGAUACAUCAUUGUUGAGGUAGCUUUUAAAUUUAACACUAAAACAAUGGACAACACAUUUACCACCUGACAGACAGAGAUCUGUCUUAACACUGGCUUUGCUAACCUAAGUAUUGAUAGUCACCUUACUGAAGAAAAUAAAAUCUUCCAAAUUAUAAGAUUAAAGUCUCAUGAUGAAACUAUUCUUUCCAAAAACCAAAUGUAGAGGAUCAAAAACAAAAUUUUGGCCUAUACUAAAAUAAUAUGGGUUCAUUUGCAUAUUAACACAAAUAUAAAGAGAGAUGUACAGCCUCACUUUUGUAAAUUUCAGUUUUCAAUAUGUUUUUUUCAAAAAUUGCAAGAGGUUAUUGAAGAUAGCAACUUUUUUAGUUCAUUACUUUUAAUCAUGAAGUAUUCAAUUUCCAUAAAGUCAACUCUAGUUUGAGAAAGUACCAUGUGUUCCCACAAAAGUGGCGUUUUCUCCCCAUCUACAUCAGGGUGGAUUUCUGCAGCAUAUUGAUACUGAAUUUUCAUUUUAACCUCCUGCGUGUUACCAUAUUUCUCUGUUACUAAUAAACAGGUUAAAUCAGGGUACAUGAAAUCAUUGGGCUCUCAGUGAUAAUGGCAAGCUCUAAUUUGUGUACCACUGUGUACUAAAGUGGUUUAUGCACAUAACAUUAUUCUUUGACCAUGAAGUGGUUCUGCUCGUGUUUCAUAAUUAUGAUACCAUGUUUAAUUAAAACUGCAUAAUAUUGAUGGGUUCAUUAAAAUAGCCAACACUUACUCUGUGGACUUGACACUCUUUCCUUAUAUUUUCAGUAAAUUCUUCCAUGUCCACAGUCACGUAGCUCUGAUCCAUCUGCUCACUGAAUCUGAUGGACACUGUACAGUAGCAGUCAAUUUGUGCUAUAGUAACAGUGACGCCUGAGCUUGAUCAUGCCUGUUUGUAAGAAUCCAGCUUCUGGUCUCUCUUCUGUUAAUGAACUGCAUAUUGCAUUAGAAUAUGAAAAAUAAAAGACUAAUUAGAGAGAGGAAGGAAGAUUUAUUUUGCAUCCUGAAUGAAAUAUAUAUAUUAUAUAUAUUUCGACAGUGUAAACAAGCAACUGCUGCAGAAUGUCCUGUGUGUAAUAGUGUCUUGUGUUACCUGUAUGCUGUGCUAAAUCAGGGGAGACUGCAGAACAGUGCCCUUCCUGUCUCUUGUCCACGGCAUCUAUAUCUGGUGAUAAGUUUCUGCUAUGUACCUUUUGCAGUGGACUUUAUAAACUCUGUUCUCCAAACCUUUCUUUUUAAAAUAUGAACAAUUUCAUCAACACUGAAGUAUUAACAGAUUAUAUGAGUCAGAGUGCUGAGCUGAGACAGCUUCUAGUUGAACUUAAUUUAUCACAAAAUACACCAUAGCUGAGAAAAGCAAUUACGAAUGCCUUCUGCAUGUUCGUUAUAUCUAACAGGAACGGUGCAAUUUUUUAAAUACAAAAAUGGUGUAGGGUUAGAAUGGAUGUGUCUGCAUUCAUAUCUGCUGUGUGUCUAUCUUUAUAUUAACACUGUACAGACUUAAAAUUCUAAGUUUCAUUCUAAGUAAAAGGAUGGGCCAAUCUUGGGUAGAGAUACUUUGUUUUAUUAGCUCCCAGUGGAGGCUGGCAUUUGCUCUUUUAUCUUCUACCAUAUACUCAGAAAUGUGUGUCUGGAAUGAUUUACUAGAUAAAUGUAUGAUUAUGUUCCAUGUUUUUGGCCCCUGGAUUCAAAUCCCUACAUUUGGUAGAUUUGGGUAAAUUUUGCUGUUUUUAAAGUAUCUUUUGUGUAAAAAGAUUACAUUUUUAUAAUAAAUGGCAAGUAAGA